UUUCAUCUUCUUCUAUAACAAAUACUACUACUUAUAUAGUGAAUAAAAGUACUAAGUAAUAUGCUAAAAGACAGAAGCGGAGUAGCCCAGAUGAGAUGAGAGUUAGAGAUUGGAUGUUACUGGGCUGGUUGGCCCUGCAGAAGAAGCACAGCGUCCUUCCUAAUCCAUCAUCUGUUAUCGUGAAGAUUCAAUCAACACCGUUAAAAUCAAUCUAUCACCAUUCCUCCUUCCGUUCAGGUGGUUGACGACGUGGUAGUGACUCCAACAGAGGAAAAAACACACUGCUCUCGUUUUCCCCACGCUUUUGGCAGUUGGAUUGGAGGCUUUUUAUCUCCUGGUCCGUCGUCCGGCCGGCGAUAAAUUUACAAAAGUUCCGUUCCCUCUCAGUCUCAACGCAAACUGCUGGGUGGAAAUGAAAAGUGCUGUGAAAGUGAAGGAAGAAUAUUAAUACUCCAGUAAUAAAAUGUUUUAGAAGAAGAAGAAUAAUAGUAAAAGCAACAUCCUUAAACGAAACGACGACGACGACGUCGACGACUUGUUCGCCCUGCUAUCUACUUAGCUCCCACCUUCUCCCCACCUGCUUAGCUUUAACUAGUGGUGGUAGUCGUAAGGACUGAGGCGAAUGAGAUUUGCUCUUUUGUCAGCAUAAUAAUGGCUUCAAUGUCCACGAUACAACUCCGACUUCAUACCCUACCCUCAUUCCAGCGGCGGGAUUUCCCUUGUCUUUUGGAAUUCAGAACCGAAUUGGGCAUGAUUAGUAGUAGCAGCAGUAGUAUUACCGCUACUGGUUGUUGUGCAAGAUGGAAUGAUUCUUCAACUAAAACUUUGAAGCGGAAGUUUGCGGUGAGAGCCUUAAGCGAUCCUCCUCCUCCGGUAAAGGGCGAUCAACACAACAACCGCCUUCAACAUCAGCUCUUCACUCUCAUUUCUCACAAAUCACCAAUUCAACCCGCACUCAACUCUCCCAAUCCUACUCUUAACUUACGCCAUGCCGUCGCUUCUCUCCCCACUUUUAUCCUCCCGAAGAAGAAACACUUCACUCCCAGUUUUGCAACUGGGUUGUGCGCUGCAGCAGCCUUUGUACUUUUUGUGUUAAGGAGCUAUACAGCAAGUAAGUCAAGAUACAGCCGUCCUGGCUCUGUAGCUGAUCUUGUCCGGCGUGGUCAGCUGAGAUCUGAUAGAAGAGGCAUCUCAACGCCCCUCAAGUAUGAAGAUCCAUUCAAUAAUCCAAUGGUGAAGAUUGGUAAAAGCAACUCAACAAUUGAGAUGUGUGGAAAAGUAUUCCGUUUAGCACCGGUGACCCUUACAAAGGACCAACAAACUAUCCAUCAGAAGAGGAGGUCACGUGCGUAUCAAUGGAAGAGACCAAAGGUUUUCCUUAAAGAAGGUGACUCCAUACCCCCGGAUGUGGACCCUGAUACAGUCAGGUGGAUUCCUGCAAAUCAUCCUUUUGCAACCACUGCAAGUGAAAUUAAUGAAGAUUUGGCACAACACAAUGUGUAUCAAAAGCAUGGUGUACCAUUCCGUAUACAGGCAGAGCAUGAAGCUCUUCAGAGGAAGCUUGAAGCACUGCAAAACGAGCAAAAACUCGGUAAACUAGUGAUCGAUCCUAGAGCUGCGCAAGAUUUGGAGAGGCCAUUUAAAUCUCAUUUGAAGCCUGAAGAACCGGUAGAACGGAGUUCCUCUAAGCACACAAAUCCAGAUUCUGCCCAAAAUCCAUUUUUGGACGGACCAGCUUCUGAUGAGGAGGAGAAACCUUGAAUUAUGAUCACGUUUUGGCAGUAUUAAGUCUGGCUUCGAAAGUUUUAAGCUCGCCGACAAUCAAAUCAGUAGCGUCUUUCAGGUUUUACAAGUUUCAAGAGUUGUUAGGCCAGCCCGGCCACUAGAAGCGACGUGGAGGAGAUCGAACUGUAAAUGAAUUUCCAGUUUACACUUGUAGAUGGGUUCUGCGUAACAUAUUUGGUAUUUCUGUACGUAGCUGCAGUUUAGGACAUGCCUUUUCGUAUUUGGUUUUGUGUGCUAAAUCUGUCGCCAUUUCCUUGACUUUGCAUUAGAUGCUUUAUUGUAUAUUUGAAAAAGAUUCACAAUAUUUUUCCUCACUUUUUUGUUUCAUGCUAAAGUUUAGCAUUGUCGAGUAAUAUUGGGAGCCAGGAGAAACUAUUCUUAGUA